AUGCCAGUACCAUAUCAGAGACAACAGGGCUAUCCACAGCAAAAUCAGCAACAGUUGACAUGUCAACCACCUCUUCAGCAACAAGAUAACAACAUGGGAACAUUGCCAGCGGACACAAACAUUAACCCCAAGGAGCAAAACCCGAAUCAGUUGAUGGCAAUAAGUCUCCGGAAUGGGAGAGAUUUAGACAAAGAGCGAGAAGUUUCACAAGCCAGCAAGGAGACUAGGCCAGCCACUCCAGUUCCACCAGAGGUAGAUGAACCAGCAGAACUUACUGAAGUGGUGGUUGAACAGGGUCAGGAUGAAAAGGGUAAGGCUAAGGUGAGUGAACAAGCUGCAGAACAAGUGGUAGCUCUUGUACCACAGAACCCCAACAGAGAGAAGCCAGCAAGCAUAGUGACAAGACCCAUGGCUCAAAAGAUGUCUGACCCAGGUAGCUUUACCAUUUCGUGCACCAUUGGAAGUUAUGCCUUUGUAAAGGCAUUAUGUGACUUAGGAGCCAACAUAAAUUUGAUGCCUCUGGCUAUAUACACCAAACUGGGCAUUGGCAGAGCUAGACCGACUUCGAUGCUGUUGCAACUGGCUGACCGCACGAUUAAAAGGCCAACUGGGAUCCUUGAUGAUGUGUUGGUAGAUGAGGAGAUACCUAUCAUUUUAGGGAGGCCAUUCUUAUCCACUGGGAAAGCACUGAUUGAUU